AAAUCCUGGGUAGAAGAAUGAUGUGGGGAAACUGGACAAUUGUCAAUGAGUUUGUUCUUGAGAGCUUCUCAGCCUUGUCCUCUGAACUACAAGCCCUACUGUUUUUCCUUUUUUUGACCAUUUACCUGGUUACCCUAAUGGGCAAUGUCCUCAUUAUCCUGAUAACUACAGUUGACUCUGCCCUACAAAGUCCUAUGUACUUCUUCCUCAGGAACUUGUCCUUCCUGGAGAUAGGUUUCAACUUGGUCAUUGUGCCUAAGAUGCUGGGGACCUUGAUCAUACAAGAUGCAACCAUCUCCUUCCUUGGUUGUGCCACUCAAAUGUAUUUCUUCUUCUUCUUUGGGGCUGCUGAGUGUUGCCUCCUGGCCACAAUGGCAUAUGACCGCUAUGUGGCCAUCUGUGACCCUUUGCGUUAUCCGGUCAUCAUGGACCGCAAGGCCUGUGCCCAGCUAGCAGCUGCCUCUUGGUUUUCAGGGUUUCCAGUGGCCACUGUGCAAACCACAUGGAUUUUCAGCUUUCCUUUUUGUGGUGCCAACAGGAUAAACCACUUCUUCUGUGACAGCCCCCCUAUCAUUGCCCUGGUCUGCGCUGAUACCUCUCUAUUUGAACUGGAGGCUCUGACAGCCACUGUUCUAUUCAUCCUAUUCCCUUUUUUGCUGAUCCUGGGAUCCUAUAUCAGCAUCCUCUCCACCAUCUUCAGGAUGCCCUCAACUGAGGGGAAACACAAGGCCUUCUCCACCUGUUCCUCUCACCUCCUGGUGGUCUCCCUUUUUUAUAGCACUGCCAUCCUUACAUACUUCCGACCCAGGUCCAGCACCUCUCCUGAAGGCAAGAAGUUGCUGUCACUCUCCUACACUGUAGUGACACCCAUGCUGAACCCCAUCAUCUACAGCUUAAGGAACAGUGAAGUGAAGUCUGCACUGAAGCGGGUCAUCCACCGGGCCCUCGGGCCUCAGAAACUAUGACUGACUUAGAUGGAAGCUGAAAGG